AAUUUAAAAAACAAAUUAGUUUACUUUUCCUCCGUUAUAACAACUAUUUUUGUAUUUAGAACAUUUUGACUCAAAGGCCAGAGUGGAAGAUUACAUGAUAGAGAAAGCAGGGUCAAUGAUAUGGAACAGCGUAAGAAUGCCAGCAUAUUUUAAUAACUUCCUGACUGCCAUGCAACCAAAAAAACUGGAUGACGGUUCGUACGUCUUGGCUGUUCCCAUGGAAGGAAAGCCGAUGUAUGCAAUGGAUGUCGGAGAUCUGGGAGGAUGUGCUGCAAGUAAGAUAAUGUGGUGGUGAUGAUAGCAGUGUUGGUGAUCAAUGGUGAUGGUGGUAAUGAUGGUGGCGAUGCAUGUUGGUAACAGUGGUGGUGAUGGUAGCAGCAGCCUCGUACCCAGGCUCUUUCUACUGCGCUCCUCGGUGGAGGAAAGACCCUGGUCCAGGCUGGUCACGUGUCUUCCAGAUUUUGGGAGCUAACAAUUGGGACCUAUGGGGGUAGGGUAGGCAAUUGUAGCGUUCGUGUUGCUAAACGAGUUCAAAACAAUAUAAGGAGUGUGAAUAAAGCAACACAAAGGACUACCAUGAAACAGAGAUUUUAGUAGCAUGUAUUUUCAUAAAAUACGUCAUAAAAGUUAUUCUACUGUAAGAGACGAAGUUGUUAAUAACUUAAUAAGGCCUGGCUGGACGUUUGAAAUUAAACUCUUAUUAACGUUAGUAGACGAUAGAUGUUUUUCUCGAAGCUCACUCAACGACACAGCCUCGGGUUUAGUUUUAUAUCAACAAGAAAAGGCAGAAUCUUCAGAAAAUUGCUGUUGAGUGUUGCAUUCGACAUCGAAUUGAGAUCGGCAACUAGAUCGGUAAAACAAACUUACCCCCCACCCUUAUGUAAAAAUUUUGUUAUCUCCCAAAAUCUGGGAGACACGUGACCAGCUUGGACCAUGCAAGGUCUUUCCUCCAGCGAGGAGCGUAGUGGAAAGAGCCUGGGUACGAGGUUCUGGUAGCAGUUGUGGUUGAUGAUAUGGUAGUAUGACAUGAUAUAGUAAUGUUGGUUGAAAUGAUGGUGGUUUCUGUGAUAGCCAUGAUGAUAAUGAUGACGCUGUUGAGGGUGGUGCUGAUAGAAAUGGUAAAAGUGAUGAUGGUGCUGCUGGUGACGAUGGUGGUGGUACAGUACUAGAUAAUGAUGCUUGUGGUAGUGAUGACAAUGGUAGAUGUGGUAGGUAAGUAUGGUUGUGAUAAAAAAUGGUUAUGAUAAUGGUAACAAUGUUGGUGGUGUUGAUGAUGAUCACCCUGUCUGAAAUAAAUAUAUCUUUCAGGUAUAUUCAACGAGCCAGAAAACUAUGGUGGGAAGAUUAUUGGAGUAGCCACUGACUGUAUAACAACAGAACAGCUGUGUGAUGCUUUGAACAAAGUUCUAGCCCCACGAGUUUUCAAGGUAUUGAAAAAACCUGUGGUGUCUUGAUCUAUGGUCAAACGUGAAGAGAUCUUCUCAUUUGAACAACUGCAUAUUGCAGGGAUUUCGUCUCAAUUCAACCAUCUCAUCAAUAAAAACAAAUGUCGCAGACUCUCUCGUUCUUGCUCUUAUAGUUAAUAUUUUUCAUUUUACAGGAUGCUAAACAAACAGCAGAUCAAAUGGCAAAAUUUGGUUUCCCUGGUGCGGAAGAGAUGGCAUCCAUGUUCAAGCUUUACCAAAAAGAAUAGAACGUGAUAUAGAACUUACAAAGAAAUUGAAUCCGAAGGCAAAAUCUUGGGAAGAGUUCGUUGUUAGUCACAAAGCAGACUUUGAAAGUAUCUUGUAAAAUUAGCUGUCAUUUAUAGCCCGUUAAAUUAACUUGGAUGAUAUUUUCAUUUUAGUAGUAUUAACACACUGUAAUAAACAAUGUGAUUGUAUAUGUUGUAGUUAUAUGCUAUCAUUUGACGCCUAGCUUUGUCUCGAUGGUGGUGGUGGUGGUUUUUCAAACAUUUUGGUUUG